AUGAGUCUCACUGUGAUGAAAGUCAAGACCCCCAAGUUCAGGCUAGGCAGCAACAUCAACGUCCAAAGCUUUGAAUCUGUCCCGGCAACGCCUUCAUUCGACAUGAAAUUCACAACCCAAAUCAGGAUCAAGAACUCAGCCAACUGGGGUUCCUACAAGUUCAAUGCUGCCAAUGUCACGUUUCAAUACCAAGGCGCAACUGUGGGAGUGAUUAAUAUCGCAAAGGGCAAGGCUGGAUGGCUUUCGACCAUAAAAAGAAAUGUGGAGGUGAAUUUGAAUUCAAGUGAAAUAACUGGUUCAAAUCUUGGCAGCGAAUUGAGCAGCGGGGUGUUGACACUCAACAGUGUAGGCAGAUUGAAUGGAAAAGUCGCAAUUAUGUUCAUAAUGAAGAAGAAGAAGGCUACCAACAUGAACUGCACCAUAGCUUUUGAUGUGGCAGCCAAGACGCUCAAAUCUUUACAAUGCAAAUGA